AUGAAGCUCACCCAGCUAACUGCCGCUCUGACGGCCAUUGUACACGCCAGCCGCGGUGGUGCUGAUCCAACCUUUGUACCGACAAGACCGCCUGCAGUGCCUUUGGCUGUAAGAUCGCCCUACCUGAAUGCCUGGCUCCAGUGUAGCCCAACGUGCAUUCUACCCGGCUCCUGGCCACGAUUUUGGACGACACAGGUCCAGGGCUGGCAAGGAUACGUAUCAGUGGAUGGAACGACAUACAACUGGAUGGGAGGCCACCAGGGCCCAGGGCCCGUCAACCAGGUGUCGCUGGAGUAUACAUCCACCAAAAGCAUCUUCACUUUCGAUGUUGAGGGAAAGAUUACAAUGACGGUCACCUUCCUGUCCCCUGUCUACCCCGACGACAUGGCGAGGCAGUCGUUGCAGUUUUCUUAUGUUUCGGUCAAGGCUAGGUCCUCAGAUGGGGCGUCACACAAGGUUUCCAUCUACAUGGACGUAAGUGGAGAAUGGGCUAGCGGGGAUGUCUCACAAGUUGUCCGGUGGGACAGUUCUACGUCCGACGAUAUCCGUAUGCACAAGUUCUCCCGGGUAAAUCAGCAGGAGUUUGCCGAGUCUGGUGAGAUUGCCAGCUGGGGGAAUUGGUACCUUUCAACUCGAUCCGACAGCGGCUUGACCUGGCAGAUCGGUGCCGACACGACGGUACGCGACCAGUUUGUGAAGAUGAAAAAUCUUACCAACACGAUGGAGUCGAACUUCCGACCGGUGAGAGAACAAUGGCCUGUGCUUGCAUUCUCGCACGAUCUGGGGGAUGUUGAUGAAGAGGAAGUCGAACGGCUCUUCACCCACGGCCUCAUGCAGGACCGCGUCAUCAAUUUCGCUGGCCUGAGCGGCCAGUUGGAACCUGUUCCCGGGUUAUGGACGUCCUUCUACCCCGACCAAAUCACAGCAGUGGUCGAUUUCUAUAACGACUACCAGCACGCCAGCGAGGUGUCCUCUGCGCUAGACCGACAAAUCCAGGCCGAUUCUGAGGCUGCCGCUGGGAAGGACUAUGCCAUUGUCACGACGCUUGCCGUCCGCCAGACGUUUGGCGCUCUUCAGUAUGCCGGAACCUCGUCGAAGCCCUAUAUCUUCCUCAAGGAGAUCAGUUCAAACAGCGACAUCCAGACCGUUGACGUAAUCUUCCCUGCGUAUCCAAUCGUCCUGUAUCUCAAUGCAACUCUGGGUAGAUAUCUGCUGGACCCUCUGUUCGAGAACCAGGAGAGCGGAGCGUAUCCGAAUGCCUGGGCCAUCCAUGACCUGGGCACGUUCCCGGUGGCCAGGGGCUAUCCGGCGGGAAAUGACGAGCCGAUGCCAUUGGAGGAGUGUGGAAACAUGAUUAUCAUGUCACUUGCCUACGCUCAACGUACUGGCGACACUGGCUACCUCUCCGCCCAUUACCUCAAGCUGUCUCAAUGGGCCGAGUUUUUAGUGAACGACUCUUUAAUUCCUGCACACCAGUUAUCCACUGAUGAUUUCGCAGGGCCACUUGCCAACCAGACGAACCUGGCCAUCAAGGGCAUCAUUGGGCUAAAAGCCAUGUCUCAGAUCGCUCAGCUCACAAAUAACGACGAUCGGUUUGGCGCUAUAGCUGAGGACUACCUCGUAAAAUGGCAGACAUUAGGCAUCAACUCGGAAGCCAACCCGCCACACACGACCCUGAGCUACGGGAAUGGCAGCAGUCACGGCCUCCUAUACAACAUCUACGCCGACAAGCUGUUGGGUCUCAACUUUAUCCCGCAGUCCGUCUACGACAUGCAAAGCGCCUUCUACCCGACCGUGGCCGAGGAGCACGCCGUGCCGCUUGACACAAGGCAUAACUGGGCUAAGUCGGACUGGGAAAUGUUUGCUGCCGCCGUGGCGAGCACCGAGACGCGCGACAUGUUCAUAAGCAAGCUCGCCAACUGGGUCGGCGUCACGUCAACCAACCGGCCCAUGACCGACCUAUUCGACUCUGUCACGGGCGGGUAUCCCUCGGACGGGCCGACGUUUGUCGCACGACCGGUCAUGGGCGGCAUGUUCGCUUUAUUAGCUUUGCCUAGGUAG